AUGUAUUAUUACAUCAAAAUCGACUGUGAAAGCCCGGUUCAAGAUAUUUUCUCAUUAAAAACAAAAUUUAAAUCCAAAAAACAUACCAAGUGGUCUCUAAAAAAACACGCAGACUUUCGCUUGGAAGAAAUAUCAGUUAUUUCUAUGGAUUACCAGCAAGCUCAUGUCCCAAAGGUAGAAGAAAUAAGUCUGGGGCAUGGGAUUAUUCAUCUUUAUAGAGAAAUUCCAGAUAUGUCUAGUGAAUUCCGUGCACCUGGACUUCUUCUUGCUAUCUUAGCUAUCCCCUUGUAUAUGUCCCCUUCAGACAUAUUAGGAUUCUUAGGAGAAAGGAAUUGUAGUUCCAUAAGUCAGAUUCGCUUACUGAGGACGAAAGUACCUAAUCGGAUUCUUGCUCUAUUGAAAUUCAUCGACCAGGCCAGCGUAAUUCGUUUUUUCUCAGAAUACAACGGGAAACCAUUUAGUCAAAUAGAACCUGAGACUUGUCAUGUCGUUCAUAUCGAUGGUAUCCAAGUGGACAAUCCUUCCAGUUCCUCUACCCCUUUACUGAAUAGUACUUCAAAGACAUCGGGUUUCUCACGAACCUUGGCACCGCCAACACCUUCUCUUGUGGAGUUGCCUAUGUGUGUGGUAUGUCUAGAAAGAAUGGAUUCAUCCGUCACUGGGUUGAUUACGAUUGCUUGUCAGCAUACCUUUCAUUGCCAAUGUUUACAAAAGUGGGGGAAUUCUUCUUGUCCUGUUUGUAGGUACACCCAGAAAGAAGACACACAUCGUUAUUCUGGGAAAUGUUCAUCCUGUUCUUGUGUAGAAGAUUUGUGGAUGUGUCUUAUCUGUGGUACUGUUGGCUGCGGCAGAUAUCAUGACGCUCACGCAAAGCAACAUUAUGUUGAAACCAAUCAUUGCUAUGCUAUGAAUUUGGAAAGCCAACGUGUAUGGGAUUAUGCUGGUGAUCGCUAUGUUCACCGCUUACUACAAUCUGAACUGGAUGGUAAAGUGGUUGAACUCUCUAAUGAGAAAUCGACAGAUGGAAAUUCUGCUUUUGAUCAAUCGAACUUAAAAGUCCGUGAGAAAAUGGGGCUCGAAUAUACUCAAAUCUUAACUUCACAGCUGGAAUCUCAGCGUAUAUUUUAUGAGUCACAAUUAUCUUCGAUGACUGAAAAGCUUAAUCGUGCAAAUGAAGAUAUUACAUUAAAGUCCAAGAUAGCCACCGCUUCUUCGAACGCUAAUAAUGAACUGCGUUCACGGAUAGACAUUGCGGAAAGCAAUUUGAAAAAGAAAAAUGACAAGAUACAAAAACUAUCUACAGAAGUCAUGCAAUGGAAGCGUGAUUACAGCGAAGAAAAAAGUAUAAACGAGAAUCUAUUAGUACGAAUUCAGUCUCUAGAAACUAGACAUAACAAGAAAAAUGAAGAAAUCGUCAGCAUGCAACAGCAAAUUAAUGAUUUAUCCGAACAAUUGAGGGAUGUAAUGUUUACAAUAUCUGCGUCACAAGAGCUCCAAAAAGUUAGCGAUCCUGAAGACAUUAAGAACGCGACUGUCGUUGUUCCAAAUGCAACAACUACAAGUUCAUCAUCAUCGAAAACAAGAAAAAAGAAAAAGAAAAAGCCUAUGGCCUCAAUAUCAACGAAUUCAUCCUAG